AUGAAAUAUUAUGAAAAUGGAGAUUUACAUUCAUAUCUUGAUGAAACACAAGGAGUAUUAUGUUGGAGAGAUAUUGUUGACAUGCUUUGGGGAAUAUCUGGAGGAAUUGAAGAAAUCCAUAGAAAUGAUUUGAUUCAUGGAAACCUUCAUGGAGGCAAUGUGCUAAUUGAAAAUGAAUCUGAUUCAAUAGAUACAUGUAUUACUGAUAUAGGAUUACAUAAUUCAAUUGAUAAGAAAACUUCUAAUCAAAUAUAUGGAGUACUUCCUUAUGUAGCACCUGAUAUAUUAAAGGGAAAUCCACCAACGAAAGCUUCAGAUAUUUAUACUACUGAAAUCUGUUUUGGACUUCGACCUAAAAUUAUUAAUGGAACUCCAGAAGUUUAUGUUCAAUUAAUGACACAAUGUUGGCAUUCUGAUCCUUUGAAACGUCCAACUGCAUCAAAAUUAAAUAUAAUAUUAGAAGAUUGGAUAAAUGCAAUUUGUGAUAAUCCAAUUCCAACUAAAAUAUCUGAUCAAUUUGAUAUUGCUGAAGAAAAGAAAUUUCUAGAUUUUAAAUUUCAUAAUCAAAAAAUCCAUUCACAAGCUUUUUAUACAAGUACACUUUUACAUCUUCUGAAUUAA